AUGGGUGCUUACAAGUAUUUGGAAGAGUUGCAGAGAAAGAAGCAAUCUGAUGUGAUGAGAUUCUUGCAAAGAGUCAGAGUCUGGGAAUACAGACAAAAGACUGUCAUCCACAGAGCUUCCAGACCUUCCAGACCUGACAAGGCCAGAAGACUCGGUUACAAGGCCAAGCAAGGUUUCGUUAUCUACCGUGUCAGAUGCAGACGUGGUAACAGAAAGAGACCUUGUCCAAAGGGUGCUACUUACGGUAAGCCAACCAACCAAGGUAUCAACCAAUUGAAGUACCAAAAGUCCAUCAGAGCUACCGCUGAGGAGAGAGUCGGCCGUCGUGCUGCUAACUUGAGAGUUCUAAACUCUUACUGGGUUAACCAGGACUCUACUUACAAGUACUUCGAGGUCAUCUUGGUCGACCCAUCCCACAAGGCCAUCAGAAGAGACGCUCGUUACAACUGGAUCUGCAACCCUGUCCACAAGCACCGUGAAUCUAGAGGUUUGACUGCUACUGGUAAGAAAUCCAGAGGUAUCAACAAGGGCCACAGAUUUCACAACACCCAAGCUGGUAGAAGAAAGACCUGGAAGAGACAGAACACUUUGUCCUUGUGGAGAUACCGCAAAUAA